GGAUAACACAGCCACGCCCCCUCCUCUCUGCCCGUUCCUCAUUCCGAGCAGAGGCAGAAGAGAAUGGCGUCCUUGGUCCAGCACGUCGCGGGGCUCGCGUGCCCACCGCUCUCCGGCGCGUCGCGGCGCCCCGGGGCGCCUAUGCGGCCGUCCGCGCUGGUCUGCGGGACGUACGUGCUGAGCAAGGACGAGAAGGAGCGGGAGCGGAUGCGCACGCUGUUCGACGAGGCCUCCGAGCGCUGCCGCACUGCGCCCAUGGAGGGCAUCACCUUCUCCCCCGAGGACCUCGAAUCCGCCGUCGAGACCACCGACAUCGACACUGACAUUGGCUCACUCAUUAAAGGGACAGUAUUCAUGACCACUUCAAAUGGUGCAUUUAUUGACAUCCAAUCAAAGGCUACUGCUUUCUUGCCUAUAGAUGAGGCAUGCCUUCUCGAUAUUGACAAUAUAGAGGAGGCAGGCAUCCGGCCGGGUUUAGUGGAGCAGUUCAUGAUAAUUGAUGAGAACCCAAAUGAUGAAACUUUGAUUCUGAGCUUACAAUCAAUUCAGCAAGACCUUGCUUGGGAAAGAUGCAGGCAGCUUCAGGCAGAGGAUGUUGUUAUCACGGGUAAAGUAAUUGGUGGUAACAAAGGAGGUGUGGUGGCUCUUGUGGAGGGCCUUAAGGCAUUUGUUCCAUUUUCACAAGUGUCAUCGAAAACAACUGCUGAAGAGCUGCUUGACAAAGAACUACCUCUGAAGUUUGUGGAGGUCGAUGAGGAACAAGGCAGGCUUGUCCUCAGUAAUCGCAAGGCAAUGGCCGACAGCCAAGCCCAGCUUGGUAUUGGCUCAGUUGUUUUGGGAACUGUUGAAAGCCUAAAACCUUAUGGUGCCUUUAUCGAUAUCGGUGGAAUCAAUGGACUUCUGCAUGUCAGCCAAAUUAGUCAUGACCGUGUCGCAGAUAUCUCGACAGUUCUUCAACCAGGAGAUACCCUCAAGGUUAUGAUACUAAGCCAUGACCGUGAAAGGGGCCGGGUUAGCCUUUCUACCAAGAAGCUUGAGCCAACGCCUGGUGACAUGAUUCGUAACCCGAAGCUGGUUUUCGAAAAGGCUGAUGAAAUGGCGCAGAUAUUCAGGCAGAGAAUAGCUCAAGCAGAGGCAAUGGCUCGUGCCGACAUGUUAAGAUUCCAGCCAGAGAGUGGACUGUCUCUCAGUUCAGAGGGUAUCUUAGGUCCAUUGUCAUCAGACACAGCACAGGAGGAAGGCCUACCUACGGACGAAUAGGUGCAAUAGCAAGAAUGCAUCUGAUUCCAGAGAUGCCCGGUAGUCCAUCUUUUUGUGAAUGCACGAUGAAGACAAUACCGUAUCAUAUUCAGAUAAUUUCCCCUCGUCAACUUGCGCUUGUAUCAUUGUGUAUGAAGUGUAAGGUGCUGAAAAACGGCGGAAAAGAAAUUCAAGUUGUACCCCUUUUGUAAAGCCAUCAAUCCAUUUCGUGCAGAAAA